AGGUACUAAAUGAAGCAGUGGGUGCACUGAUGUAUCACACGAUCACUUUAACACGAGAAGACUUGGAGAAGUUCAAGGCUCUUCGAAUAAUCGUCCGAAUCGGAAGUGGGUUUGACAACAUCGACAUAAAGUCUGCUGGAGAUUUAGGAAUUGCAGUAUGUAAUGUGCCAGCAGCUUCUGUAGAAGAGACAGCCGACUCCACAAUGUGCCACAUCCUCAAUUUGUACAGGAGAACUACAUGGCUGCACCAAGCAUUACGAGAAGGCACGAGAGUCCAGAGUGUGGAACAGAUAAGGGAGGUGGCAUCCGGGGCAGCCCGAAUCCGAGGGGAGACUUUAGGCAUCAUAGGACUGGGACGAGUUGGACAAGCCGUAGCACUGCGAGCGAAGACGUUCGGUUUCAAUGUAAUAUUCUACGACCCAUAUUUACCAGAUGGAAUAGAACGCGCACUUGGCCUCCAACGGGUCAGCACCCUCCAGGACCUUCUGUUUCAUAGUGACUGUGUAACUCUGCACUGCAGCUUAAAUGAGCACAACCAUCACCUUAUCAAUGACUUCACCAUUAAACAGAUGAGGCAGGGAGCGUUCCUGGUAAACACAGCCCGAGGCGGUUUGGUGGACGAGAAGGCACUCGCACAAGCAUUGAAGGAAGGGAGGAUACGGGGAGCAGCAUUAGACGUACAUGAGUCGGAACCUUUCAGUUUUUCUCAAGGUCCAUUAAAAGAUGCACCUAACCUCAUCUGCACACCACAUGCGGCCUGGUACAGCGAGCAGGCCUCCAUAGAGAUGAGAGAAGAGGCAGCAAGGGAGAUCCGCAGAGCCAUUACAAGUCGUAUCCCUGACAGCCUGAAAAACUGUGUCAAUAAAGAUCACUUAACUGCAGCGACACAUUGGGCCAGUAUGGAGCCGGCUGUGGUCCACCCAGAACUGAAUGGUGCUACAUACAGCAGGUACCCUCCAGGUGUCGUUAGCGUGGCCCCAGCUGGCAUCCCAACUGCAGUUGACGCAAUCGUUCCCAACGCCAUGCCUUUAUCCCACGGUCAUCCUGCUGUGGUUCACCCACCCCAUACCCCUUCUCCUGGCCAAACCGUCAAACCAGAGGCCGACAGAGACCAUCCGAGUGACCAGUUGUAG